AUCCAUGCCGGCUGUCCCGUCGCCCUGCGUCAUGGGCCCGGGGAAACAGAUGGAGUAUGGAAGCACUCUCGAGCACCAGGUGGAUCAGCGCAAUAACCGCAAGAGCAUCAUGUUUGCUAUCUGCGCCUUGUCCAUGGUCCUUGCCAUCACCGCCCUGGUCGACCACUCUAGCGAAAGCCCUCAGUCAAGGCUAGAGAAGGUCUUGACAGGCUCGACUAAGGCUAAGAUGCAUGCGCUGUCAGUAGCCGCCUCGUUGGCCGCCAAGAAGAAGGCAUCCGCGCCUCCUGCUCAUCCUCAAGCCGCCCAUGCAGCAGCACAGCCAGCGAGCAAGAAAAUGGAGGAUGCGCUCAAGGCCAGGAGCAUUCAGAAGCCUUCACUCAAGCUGAGCCAGCACGCCGCCAUGAUGAAGGUCAAGAUGGCACACGGAAACAUGCUCCAGAGCAGCAAUGAAACCGCAGCUCCUGCUCCUGCUCCUGCUCCUGCUGCUUCUGCUGCCUCAGAGUCUGAAGCAGCUCAGCCUGAGCAGGCGAGCGGGUCCAAGGGAUCGGAGGAGCACGAAGGAGUCAGCGGAGAGGAUGGGAAUGUCGACGUCUCGGCCUUGAAGCCUACGGGAAUUAUGGGUGUGUUCUUCAACGAGAAGAUUAUGAUCACUGCUGUUUGCGUGAUCGCUGGGUUGUUGUUGGCCAUCUGCUGCUUUGCCAAGUACGCAGACUGUGCUCUAGCAUAGGAUACAAGUGUAAAAGGAAAUUAGAUUGUUAAAGAAUGAAGGGAGAGGUG